AUGUUAUGCCGUAUAGAAGUUUCUAUAUCGCGUAUAAAUACGGCAUCAUCCUAUAGCCAUAACCCUUCUUUAUUAUUCGUUUAAUUCGUAAUUAUCUCAAAACCUUAAUCUCCUAGUGGUAAACCCAGAUUUCUACCUAUCUCAGAAAUUUGAGGAGAGGUCUCAGCAAUGGCUAAGCAGUCUUCAAAUGGAGAUUUUUAUACCUCUACAAAAGCCCCUCCUCCCCCUUCCCCUCUAAGGAGUGCUAAGUUUUUUCAGGCUAAUAUGAGAAUUUUGGUUACGGGAGGAGCAGGAUUUAUUGGCUCUCAUCUAGUGGACAGAUUGAUGGAAAACGAAAAGAAUGAGGUCAUCGUUGCGGAUAAUUAUUUUACUGGUUCGAAGGACAACCUCAGAAAAUGGAUCGGCCAUCCUAGAUUUGAACUCAUACGUCAUGAUGUCACUGAGCCGUUGCUGGUCGAGGUGGAUCAGAUAUACCAUUUGGCAUGCCCCGCCUCGCCGAUCUUCUACAAAUACAAUCCUGUUAAGACAACAAAGACAAAUGUCAUUGGCACAUUGAAUAUGUUGGGACUUGCCAAGAGAGUUGGAGCAAGGAUUUUGCUUACGUCGACUUCGGAGGUAUAUGGCGACCCCCUCGUUCAUCCUCAAGACGAAAGCUACUGGGGAAAUGUCAACCCAAUCGGUGUUAGAAGUUGCUACGAUGAAGGAAAGCGUGUGGCGGAAACAUUGAUGUUUGAUUAUCACAGGCAGCAUGGGAUUGAGAUAAGAAUUGCUAGGAUUUUCAACACAUAUGGACCGAGAAUGAAUAUUGAUGACGGUCGUGUUGUUAGCAACUUCCUUGCUCAGGCAAUCCGUAGCGAACCAUUGACUGUGCAGGCGCCUGGUACACAAACCCGGAGUUUCUGUUAUGUUUCUGACAUGGUUGAAGGACUAAUCAGACUCAUGGAAGGAGAUAAUACCGGGCCGAUUAACAUUGGGAAUCCAGGUGAAUUUACCAUGCUCGAGCUCGCUGAAACUGUCAAGGAGCUCAUCAAUCCGAAUGUCGAGAUUGUCAUGGUCGAGAACACCCCAGACGAUCCAAGACAGAGGAAACCAGACAUUACAAAAGCACAGGAGGUUCUUGGAUGGGAACCAAAGAUCAACCUGAGAGAUGGACUGCCUCUGAUGGAGGAUGAUUUUAGGGCAAGGCUUCAAGUGCCAAGAUAGGCCAAGUAAAUGGCAUUUUCUUAGGAAACAAACACUAUAUUUUUCCUUUGGCCUUUUGCAUAAAAAUCUUUGCAGCUGCUUCAUGGUGAAUGGGAAACAUGGUUGAGAGCGAAGUGAAGAUGUUUUGAUGAUGAGUUUUUUAGUCUUUUACUAGGUUGUUAAUAAGAAUGAUUAUUUUCAAUUUUUAUUUUAUGAAGUUAAUUCUUCAAGGGAGAAAGAAUAAAACAUUUUUCAUUAUGGAUUAUGAACAAUGCUUUGAUGAAUUAUGAGUUAAAAUGAGGGGUGUUAUUUUUGAGGAUUC